UGGGCAGCCAGUUAGAAAUUUGACUAACAGCCUAAGCAUCCCAGCUGAAUUAACCCACACAGAUACCAAAUGUCCGCCCCGAGCCAUGAUCAACGUUUCGUGCUGGUGCUGCUGAUUGCCACGGCCAGCGGUGCGUGGCUCAUUGCUGGCACCACGGCGCAGACGUUCACCGCAGAGGAUCGCAAUGCCAUACAGAAGUUCAUGGAUGUCUUGCUGAAUUUCCUCGACGCCGAGGCGGAACCAUCGAAUGCCACCACCACCGAGAGCCCCAAUAAUGCCACCACCACGGAUCCGCUGGAGAGCACCACCUUGGCUAGCAAUGCCACCACCCCGGACGAUGGCACCGUCACAGAGUCCACCACAGCGAGUAACUCGACGAGCGCGGACCCUGAGUCGACGAGCGAGAGCACAACUCCAGCGACGAACGCCACGAGCGAAUCAACCACAGCGGCGACAACCACCGCCAGCAGCAGCACCACCCAAGUCAGCGCGGCGCCAAGGCGCAUGUGCUUCAAGCGUGUCUGCUACAAGUUCGUGGGCGACAGAGGAUAUAUUUUUUAGCUAAGCGACGAAUAAACUCGUUACUCGUUACCUCUAUGAA